AUGUGCAAGUAUUUCGGGUCUGGUUAUGUUGCAGAGUGUUUUUUUUCGGUUUCUCCACAGGUGGUGAAAGUGGCCGGAAGCAACAUUUCCCAUAAGCUGCGUCUAUCCAGUGUGAAGCCGUCGGACGAGGGCACGUACGAAUGCCGCGUCAUCGACUUCAGCGACAGUAAGCUGCGUCACCACCGCGUGCGAGCGUAUCUGCAAGUGCAGCGGCUGGAGGAGGAGCAGCAGCAGGACGUCCCGCAGCACAAACACCAACACAAAUCCGGCCGAGAGCUCAGGAAGAGAUCCACCGACGACAGCACCACUGACUGCACUGACAGCUGCGUGCUUUAGACACACACACAGAGCCCAAAACACACACACACGAGUCCUAAAGGAGGAUAGUUCACCAGACAUGGAGAAAUCUGUCAUUUACUCACGCUCAUGUUGUUUUAAACCUGUUUAACUUAACUUUUUUUAGUUUAUAUAUAUUAAUUUAUAGACUAAACUAAGACAGAUACAUUUUUUAAGCUCUAUUUUGUUUUAUUUUUGCACAUUUGUACUUAUUUUAUAUUUUAUUACAUUGAAUAUUGGAAAACUUUUGUGUUUUUACAUAAUUUUACUUU